AUGGGACAUCGCAUUCACGACGUCCACGCGCCAUUGCAGCUCGAGACCGGCUUACGAAGCCCGGCAUGUGGCUACGCCACACUGGACCCCGAAAACAACGGACGAACGAGCCUAGCCUCGGCAGCGACCGGUGGAGGUGACUCGGCAGUCUUGAGACAUCGGCUAGGGAAUUCGCCAUCUCGGAAGCAGGACCCAUCCAUCAGUACCGCAGCCGGGCGCGCCACCCGAAGAACGUCCUCCGUACCGUCUACAUCGCGCCAAGUACUGCGUGAUCCUUUUACCCGCGCCAGCCUCCGAGUCAGAGUCCGGACCCGGGGCAUCGCCAAUCUGAAACAGUGCGGCGAUCCAUUGUCAGAUGCCGCGGCGCAGCGGGGAGUCGGCUUGUGUCUGCAAACGCAGCCUCCAGUCGCGGCGAAGAGGUCCGAGGUUCAAUAUCACUAUUUCCGGUGA